AUGACUUUUGGUCCAAUCCUUGGAGUUAAUCAUCACAUUAACACAGUUUUCCUCGGAUGUGCUCUCAUCUUCAAUGAGACUACAGAAACCUUCAUUUCGUUAUUUGAGAAUUGGCUAGAGGCAAUGGGAGGCACCAACCAGGUAUUCAAGAAGUGUAUUGCAGCCUACACAGUUCAACAAUUUCAGGUUGAUUGGUUGGCUAUGAUUCAGAAAUACGAUCUUCAAGAGGAAAGUUGGCUCAAGUUGUUAUAUGGUUGUCGCACUCAAUGGAUUGAUGUAUACAUAGCUGAUAGGUUCACAGCCGGCAUGAAAACCACACAACAAAGUGAAGGGUUUAAUCAUCAUUUAAAGAUAUAUUUCACUUCUGGUACAAGUUUGCAAAAAUUCAUGAAUGCUAUUGAAAAGUUGCAAAACAAGAAGUUCAUCAAAGAAAAAGAGAAAGACAGUAAAGAUCUUACAUCCACACAUAUCCUAAAUACAACCUUCCUUAUCGAGGAGCAUGCAGCAAAGACAUAUAUUCAAAAACUAGUACUAAAAAAUGAUGAUGUAUUUGAAAAAGUGAAGUUGGGUUUCUCCAAGUUAGCUGAGGAGGUCAAUGCAACAAGAGAGUCUUUAUCAAAUACUCAUGCCCCAUCAGCCUCCACUCGUUGCAGUGCCGCUGAAGAUAAA